UCUGGCGGCGCGGAGAAGUUCUGGGCAAAGUACUGGGAACCGGCUGCGCGUCCGCAGCGCCGGCAAUCCUGGCAUCGCCGGGGACCCCAGCGCACCGCGGCCAGUACGCGGCGCGAACUCCGGCCCCGCUGUCCAUCCGCUAGUGGCCGUCCCCGCCGCUGUCUAUUGCUGCUGGCACGGGAACUGUCAGCUGCGCGUUGCAGGGGGACUGGAGAAGCCGGCUUUGCCUCCUCCCGGGUCUGCGGGCGAAGCCGGGAGACGGGCACCGGAGAACUAGGCGGAGUCCCCGACGGCGGAGCGUGCAGCCCAAGGAUAUUGAACUCUGCACCAAGGAAUAGAAGAUAUAAAUGAAAGUGCAUCCCGUCUAAAACAUAGGUCAUUACAUUGCUUCUCAAGGGUGAAAUUUUUCUAGAAGAUUCACUCAAAGAGAUUUCCUCCGGGUCAUCCAAAAUGCUGUUAAAACAUAUUGGAUAAGAACUGAGCCACCUGCCUGUGUGGGACUUCUGUACUCUCCUGUAUUGUCUUCGGAUGGCAUUUUGAUUUGCAUCGAGGCCAAGUGACCUGCUGUUCAGGAUGAGUGAUGAGAAGAAUCUUGGGGUGUCUCAAAAACUGGUCUCACCUUCAAGGAGCACCAGUAGCUGCUCCUCCAAGCAGGGAAGUCGACAGGACAGCUGGGAGGUGGUGGAAGGGCUGAGAGGAGAGAUGAGUUACACCCAGGAGCCGCCCAUGCAGAAAGGAUUCUUGCUGAAAAAGAGGAAAUGGCCCUUGAAAGGCUGGCACAAGAGAUUUUUCUAUCUGGACAAAGGAAUCUUGAAAUAUGCCAAGAGCCAAGCCGAUAUAGAGAGAGAGAAGCUUCAUGGCUGCAUUGACGUUGGGCUCUCAGUGAUGUCUGUGAAGAAGUCAUCAAAAUGCAUAGAUCUGGAUACCGAAGAGCACAUCUACCAUCUGAAGGUAAAGUCAGAAGAAAUCUUUGAUGAGUGGGUAUCUAAACUCCGCCACCACAGAAUGUAUCGUCAGAAUGAAAUCGCCAUGUUUCCACAUGACGUUAAUCACUAUUUCCAAGGAUCCACGGUCACAGACUCUGCGUCUGGUGUCUUAGACUCCAUUUCAAGUAGGAAGCGUAGCAGUAUAUCAAAGCAGAAUUCAAUUCAAACUGGAAGCAAUUUAUCAUUUUCUUGUGGUGGUGAGACCCGUGUUCCAAUAUGGUUACAGUCUUCAGAGGACAUGGAAAAGUGCUCGAAAGACCUGGCACACUGUCAUGCCUACCUGGUGGAAAUGAGCCAGCUCCUACAAAGUAUGGACGUCCUGCAUCGGACCUAUUCGGCGCCGGCUAUCAACGCCAUCCAGGGUGGAGCUUUUGAAAGUCCUAAAAAGGAAAAAAGAUCACACAGGAGGUGGCGGUCCAGAGCUAUUGGCAAAGAUGCUAAAGGAACGCUGCAGGUCCCUAAACCUUUUCCUGGCCCAGUAAGACUACAUUCCUCCAACCCUAAUUUGUCAACAUUAGAUUUUGGAGAAGAGAAAAAUUAUUCUGAUGGUUCUGAAACCUCAUCAGAGUUUUCUAAAAUGCAAGAAGAACUGUGUCAUAUUGCUCAUAAAGUUUACUUCACUUUAAGGUCAGCUUUUAAUACCAUAUCAACGGAGAGAGAAAAACUCAAGCAGCUGAUGGAACAGGACGUCUCCUCCUCCCCCUCGGCCCAGGUCAUUGGUCUGAAGCACGCCCUGUCAUCUGCCCUAGCACAAAACACAGACCUUAAAGAACGCUUAUGCAGAAUCCAUGCUGAGUCUCUGCUCCUCGAUUCCCCUGCUGCUGCCAAGUCGGGUGACAGUCUGGCAGAGGAAAACUCCAGAGAUGACAACCGAGCUCUGGUCCAUCAGCUUUCCAAUGAAAGUAGACUCUCCAUCACUGACUCCCUUUCAGAGUUUUUUGAUGCACAGGAAGUUCUGUUAUCUCCAAGCUCUUCAGAAAAUGAGAUUUCUGAGGAUGACUCCUAUGUCAGUGACAUAAGUGAUAACCUUUCCUUAGACAAUCUCAGUAAUGAUUUAGAUAAUGAGAGACAGACCUUGGGGCCUAUGCUUGAAAGCGGUGGGGACGCAAAGUCCAAAAGAAGAAGUUGCUUGCCAGCUCCGUGUCCCAACGCCAGUAACAUCAGCCUGUGGAACAUCCUGAGGAACAACAUAGGGAAGGACCUGUCCAAGGUGGCCAUGCCGGUGGAGCUGAACGAGCCGCUGAACACCCUGCAGCGGCUCUGCGAGGAGCUGGAGUACAGCGAGCUUCUGGACAAGGCCGCACAAGUCCCCAGCGCCUUGGAAAGGAUGGUGUACGUGGCAGCCUUUGCUGUAUCAGCAUAUGCAUCUAGCUAUUUCCGAGCUGGGAGCAAGCCCUUCAAUCCUGUUCUUGGAGAAACCUAUGAGUGUAUCCGCGAGGACAAAGGCUUCCGGUUUUUCUCAGAGCAGGUCAGCCACCAUCCACCUAUCUCUGCAUGUCACGCUGAGUCUGGAAAUUUUGUUUUCUGGCAAGAUGUGAGAUGGAAAAACAAAUUCUGGGGCAAAUCCAUGGAAAUUGUCCCCAUUGGCACCACCCACGUGACUCUGCCAGCCUUUGGAGAUCAUUUUGAGUGGAACAAAGUGACCUCUUGCAUCCAUAACAUCUUAAGUGGGCAGAGAUGGAUUGAGCACUAUGGGGAGAUUGUCAUCAAGAACCUGAAUGAUGACUCCUGCCACUGCAAAGUGAAUUUCAUAAAGGCAAAAUACUGGAGCACUAAUGCCCGUGAGAUUGAAGGUACGGUAUUUGACAAGAAUGGAAAAGCCGUGCAUCGGCUCUUCGGGAAAUGGCACGAAAGCAUCUACUGUGGGGGCUCCUCCUCGUCCACUUGUGUCUGGAGAGCAAAUCCCAUGCCAAAAGGCUAUGAGCAAUAUUAUGGCUUCACACAGUUUGCCCUAGAAUUAAAUGAAAUGGAUCCAUUAUCAAAGUCUUUAUUACCACCUACUGACACUCGAUUUAGACCAGACCAAAGGUUCCUAGAAGAAGGGAACUUGGAAGAAGCUGAAAUACAAAAGCAGAGGAUUGAACAGUUACAGAGAGAAAGGCGGCGGGUCUUAGAAGAAAAUAAUGUGGAACACCAGCCGCGGUUUUUCAGGAAAUCCAAUGAUGACUGUUGGGUGAGCAAUGGCACCUAUUUGGAACUUAGAAAAGAUCUUGGUUUUUCCAAACUGGACCAUCCUGUCUUGUGGUGAAAAAGGAAAGAAGAAUGAUACACCUGUACUUCUGUGUUUGCUUUCUGAAGCCACAAACCUGUGUCUAUAUAUUUAAAAGAAAUUAUCUAGAAUGAUUACCUGUGCUUAGCUUAGCAUUGUAUUUAAGUAUGUAUUUUCUUCAGUAGUUUCCUUUAUAAUUUCAAAUGUUAUCACAAUUGUUUAUAUGAAUGUAGAACACCUUGAUAUUUCAUUUUAUAUAUAAGCUAUUUAAUAAAAAUGAAAGACUGAAUGUUAAUGUGUGGGUUAAAAAAAGAAGCUUUAACACUAAUUUUCCAAAGGUUAGGAAAAUUCAAAUUAAAUUCAUGCCUUAUAAAAUUAUGUUGGAGAAAAAAAUUUAUCUCUCCCAGGUGCAUUAAGAACUAAGAAUACCCAGGGUUACUCACUCAUGCGUAAGCUACCCAAGUUUAAUUUGGUAGCUCCGAUAUCUUUUUGCCUCCGACAGCUCUUGAAUUGCUCAUCCAGAACAAUUCUGCUGGUGCUGGAGUCCGAAGAAUACUUCCAUUUUGGUGGUUGGGAGGCUGGUAGGAGAUUAGUAGGAUGUACGUUUUUAUAUGACAUAGAUACGGCACCUUCCUGAAGAGGAAAAGCAUUUGAGCUCAUCCCUCCCUAGAGUUCUUAUUGCCUUAUGUGCAAAACUGUGCUCUGUUACUCAGAGAAAUUGUCAAUCUGAGAAAUGCCCAUUAGUUAAACACUAUAAUGGCAUCCCAGAGACACAGUAGGAAAUCUCUCCUUAGUGAGAACCAAAUUCUUGACAAGAAACUGUUUUCUGCUUCCCCCCCCAACCCCACCCCUAGAUUCCCCACUCCCUACUUUUCUGUUGAGUAUGGAAUGUUCCAGUUUAGCAUAAAACAUACGGUGCAUUCCACACAGCAGUUUGACUUUCUAAAAGUUUAGCAAAAUAACUGAUUGUUUUCAAGAACUCAACAGUUUUUUCUUAAAUACUGUUUUGGUAUUUUCUACCUCUUAAUAACACCAUAUUUUAGAUCUUGUAUAAGAAGUUUGACCAUCUGCCUUAUAGACAAAUGUAGAGAAUUGAUGUUCUUCCUUUGUGUUGUGUUCUGAUGAAGCUUUGUCUUAUCUCUUUCCUACACUUUCUUCUUACUCAUUUCCCUCUUUUGUGAGUCUUGCAGCAGUCUUGAAUAAUACAGAUGAUAACUCCUGAAAGGGGAAACUUUGUCUUUUUAAA